AUGCAUCAACCGUCGGGUUUCAAGGAUAGCACUAAACCAGAUCAUGUGUGUUUCCUACGACGUUCUUUAUAUGGUCUCAAGCAGGCUCCUAGGGCCUGGUACACACGGUUUUCUACGUUUGCGACGAAGUUUGGUUUUCAUCAAAGUCUCUCGGACCCGUCCUUGUUCAUUUGUCCUCGCGGCAAGGACAUCACAUACUUGCUCCUCUAUGUUUAUGACAUUGCUCUCAUUGCUUCCUCGACAGCCCUGCUGAAUGCGGUCAUAUCGACACUUCACUCUGCCUUUUCAAUGACGGAUCUUGGUCCCCUGCAUCAUUUUCUUGGGAUCUCCAUUAUCCGCAAUGACAAGGGCAUGUUUCUUCAUCAGCAAAAUUGCGCAGCUGACAUCCUCCAUCGGGCUAACAUGACUAAUUGUAAUCCCUGCCUCACUCCUGUUGACAUCAAGCCAAAACUCGCUGAGGUGAACUCCGACAGUCCACCGGUCAAGGAUCCCACACUAUAUCGCAGUCUUGCCGGUGCUCUCCAAUAUCUCACAUUCACCCGACCGAACAUCUCUUAUGCCGUUCAACAUGUGUGUCUUUUUAUGCAUGAUCCGCGUGAAGAACAUUUUAAUUCCUUGAAACGCAUUCUCCGGUAUAUCAAAGGUACCAUCACGCAUGGCUUGCAGCUUCAUCGGUCCCCACCUAUGGCAAUGGUUGCGUACACUAACGCUGAUUGGGCUGGUUGUCCCUCUACGCGCCGUUCCACGUCGGGUUAUUGUGCCUUCAUCGGUGCUAACCUCAUCUCCUGGUCGGCUAAACGGCAACACACCGUGUCACGAUCGAGCACCGAAGCCGAGUACAGAGGUGUAGCAAAUGCGGUUGCUGAGCUGAGCUGGCUGCGUAAUUUGUUCGUUGAGAUGCGUGUCUCGGUCCCUAAGACAUCCCUUGUUUUUUGUGACAACGUUAGUGCUGUUUACCUUGCUUCAAAUCCCGUUCAGCAUCAACAUACAAAGCAUGUUGAGAUUGAUAUACAUUCCGUCAGAGAGCGGGUUGCGCUUGGUUACAUUAAGCUCUCCUCUCAUGGAGAUUUACCGAAUUACAUCUAG